CUCAAAGAUAAUUAUUUAAUAAUCUUUUAACUGGAAAUUUCCACGGUUUACUAUUUAUCUUUUCUUGCCCGGAUCAUCCUGGAAUCAUCUACAGCCUCAGCAAAUUUGCAUAUACAUACCCAAUAGCUAAACGAGAAAAAGCAAAGGGAAAUAAUGGCUAUCAAAUCUCUCAUCACCCGAUUUGGCAAAGGUGCCGCCACCAAGCAGAUGUACAUCUACGAGACGUGGCUACGUUGGAUCGUCCGCGGAAUCCAGUUUGUACUCGCCGUCGUUGUCUGUGGUCUAUAUGGGCGUCGCGUCGACCAUGAUCAUAGGCACGGGAACGGUCAGUCAGCCGCGUGGGUUUACGCACUAUUCGUCGCCGGUUUUUCGUGCAUCACCUGUAUUUUGUACUCUAUCCCCAACCCAUUCGGCCGCCUACAGUCGCACCGCCUCUUCGCCUGGGACCUCAUCCUCUUCGUCCUGUGGGUUGCCCUCUUCGGCAUCUUUGCCGCUAUCUUCCUCAAGCGUGAGGAAGACGAGUACGAGGGCACCAGCGUCUCACUCAUGAAGUGCGCUGUCUGGAUCGAUCUCGUCAAUUGCGUUUUCUGGCUCUGCACCGGCCUUUACGGCUGCUUCCGCACUUUCGUCGGCAGGAAGGUGAAUGGGAAGAUCGAUGAAUAUUCGAACAAGGUUGAGGAUGGAAUCAACGCCAAGGUGGAUCAAUACGCGGGUUCCGCAAAGAAUAACUUCAGUAUGAAACUUAAUCCCUUGCGCAACGAGACGGUAUGAGCUAGGAAUACGUGGGAAGAGAUUUUUACCUCAUACGUUGAAUGACGAUACGCAUAGCCGUAUGAUAGGAUUGGGUUAUAGGGAUGUUGUUCAUGCAUAGCAUUACGGGCGGUUGCAUAUAGACUACUAGACAGGCUUCGUCGGUUAGAAGCGAUGUCUCAGACUGGUCCCCUUGGGUUCCCUUUUUUGAGAACCAUCAAGGGCACCCAUUAAUAAUAUUAUUAUCUUUUACACCACCAUAUAUUUCCUAC